AUGCCAUCAUCGCAUGAUCCCACAAAUCCCCCUCGUCCUUCUAGAUCUCUAGAAGGCAGAGUUGCAAUAGUUACGGGGUCUGGCUCCAGAGCAAAAGGAAUAGGAAACGGAAGAGCAGCAGCCAUCCUUCUCGUUGAAGCUGGCGCGCGCGUUGUAUGCUUGGAUGCCAACCUGGAAUGGGCUGAAGUCACCAUCUCAAUGAUCGAGGAGGAGUUUGGCAAGGAUAAAGCGUUCGCUUUGCAGGUAGAUGUCACUGUUGAGGCGCAAUGCAAACUAGCAGUCGACACGGCCUUGGAACGGUACGGACGAUUAGACAUCCUCGUGAACAACGUCGGCGUAGGAGGCCCUGCUGGAACGGCCAUCGAUGUCGACCCUAAGGAGUGGGCGAGAGGCCUCGAAAUCAAUGUUACUAGUAUGAUGCUCAUGACAAAAUACGCGGUUCCUGCUAUGGAGAAGAAUGAGAGACAUCCGAUUUCGGGGCGUGGCAGCAUCGUCAAUAUAGCCAGUGUUGCGGGACUUCGCGGUGGUACACCAAUUUUACUGUAUCCCACGAGCAAAGGGGCUGUUGUGAAUAUGACCAGAGCUAUGGCUGCGCAUCACGCUCCAAGUGGAAUCAGAGUUAAUUGCGUUUGUCCAGGGAUGCUUUACACCCCGAUGCUCUACGGUUCUGGAAUGUCUGAAGAAGUUAGAGAGGCUCGUCGCUCACGUAGUCUUCUGAAGACAGAGGGAAAUGGCUGGGACACCGGAUGCGCUGUCAGAUUUCUUGCCAGCGACGAGGCUAGGUGGAUGACCGGUGUUAUUUUACCUGUGGAUGCAGGGUCUACAGCUGCCACGACCGGAAUGAGCGAAGGAAUGUCAUCUACUCUCGCAGGAGGAACACAAGAUGCUGCCCAAUAG